AGGCUAUAUCUCUUUUAUUUAUUUAUUUAUUAUUAUUGUUCCUUAACUGUUGUUGUCUGUCCUAGGCAGUGUGUGUCACCUCGAAGUCCUCAACUCCCAAUCCCAACUGAUAAGAAAAACAAGUACAUCGGUACCAUGUGGGCUCUUUGGAUCCACUCAAUGUAAAAACAACUUGAACUUACAUCACUCGUGUGUACCGUGUACUGUACUACUACUACUGCUACUACUUACUUCCCUCCCCCAAAAUACCCCCAUUUUCAAAAUCUCCUCAUUAGUUUUGGCUUUGGUUUUUUAUUUUAUUUUUUGUUCCAUAUUUUUCUUGGUCCAGCCACAGCCAGUACCAGUGACUUGGGGUUGGGUAUAUGGGAAAUUAAAAGCGUAUAUUGCAUCUGGGUUUUUCAUUUGAGAGUGAGAUUUGGUGGUUUUCCCUUCUGGGUCUGACUUAGAAUGAUGUCAAUGACAUGCCACAAUCUUGAUUUUGGUUUUACAAAAACUGUCUUUGAUUUAUAUGCUUGUGGCUGCUCUUCCAAUGCUUCCUUUUGCCGCUCUUCAGUAAGGAAUUAUGCAAAGUCCAGUUCUAGUAGUAGAAAACUGGUUGAUAGGCGGCGGGGCAUAGCUUUGUGUAGAGUGUCUUCAACGAAUACUCCUGCGACUUUGCUUAGUGGUAAGGUAGCUCAAGGUGUUCCACCAUUGUUGGAAUUGAAGGAAGAGUCAAGAGGCCCCAUUUCAUUGAAAAAUUUGUUUGAAUUGGUCGCUGAUGACCUUCAGACUCUGAACCAAAAUCUUCAGUCUAUUGUUGGCGCGGAAAACCCAGUUCUGAUGUCUGCAGCAGAGCAAAUAUUUGGUGCUGGGGGGAAGAGGAUGAGACCAGCUUUGGUGUUCUUAGUGUCAAGAGCAACAUCAGAACUAGCUGGCUUAAAGGAACUUACCACGGAGCAUCGUCGUUUGGCAGAGAUCAUUGAGAUGAUCCACACUGCAAGUUUAAUACAUGAUGAUGUAUUGGAUGACAGUAACAUGCGGAGAGGGCAGGAAACUGUUCACCAAAUGUAUGGUACAAGAGUGGCAGUGCUGGCUGGGGACUUCAUGUUUGCACAGUCCUCAUGGUAUCUAGCAAAUCUUGAAAACCUUGAAGUCAUUAAGCUUAUAAGCCAGGUUAUUAAAGAUUUUGCAAGUGGUGAAAUAAAGCAGGCGUCUAACUUGUUUGAUUGUGACCUUAAACUUGAGGAGUAUUUGCUCAAGAGCUACUACAAAACAGCCUCCUUAAUAGCUGCUAGCACCAAAGGAGCAGCUGUUUUUAGUGGGGUUGACAGCACUAUUACUCAGAAAAUGUAUGAAUAUGGCAAGAAUCUUGGUCUGGCCUUUCAAGUAGUAGAUGACAUAUUGGAUUUUACACAGUCAGCAGAGCAGCUGGGGAAGCCAGCAGGUAGUGACCUUGUGAAUGGGAAUCUCACUGCACCUGUAAUUUUUGCACUGGAGAAAGAACCAAAACUGAGGGAUAUAAUUGAAUCUGAAUUUAGUGAGCCUGGUUCCCUAAAUGAGGCUAUUGAAUUGGUUAAAAGUUGUGGAGGCAUUGAGAGAGCACAAGAAUUAGCUAAAGAGAAGGCUGAUCUUGCAAUCCAAAAUCUCCUAUGUCUUCCAGAGAGUGCCUUUCGAUUAGCUCUGGAGGAUAUGGUGUUAUACAAUCUUGAACGGAUUGUUUAGUCAGAUAUGUUUUGAUUUAUAAACCACUACUUGAUAGAAUAUGCCAUUCUUGAUGAUUGUUACUUGAGCAUGAGGAAGGCUUAGAAUUCAACCCCCCGCCGCUACCUGAAGGAUUUUCUGCAAUAUCUGCACCAUAAUAAGCUGGUUGUGACACUGUAUAUUCUUUAUAGGUAUUGAGUCACAGCUCUACUUCAAGCUCCUACAUUAAUUAUUAAGUCACAGCUCUAUUUCAUAUAACCUGAUAAGAAAAUAAUGCUUAUGCAAUUGUUGUACAUUGCGCAAUAAAUACAUUGGGAUCACCAAAUAAUGUUGAGCAAUGCAGAUAUUUAUUUUUGUUCACUUUAUUA